CAACAUUUAGUACAAGUGUCUCGCUGAGCUGCAAGGAUCAUGGCGUUUGUUCUGACCAGGUUGCUGAUUUUGGUCGCCUUUGUCGUGAUAUCUCACGAAGAAAUCGUCAAAAUAGGACCGAAUAUAGAAUACGAGAAUUGUGGUCCGCCAUUCAAGCUGACCCUGUCUCCUAACCCACCCAAACUCAGACAGGCCCUGAACGUCACCGUCGAAAUUGUGGCUGCUUAUGACUUAAUCGCUGGGGUUAUCGAAGCUUACUUCAACGUUUGGCCGUAUUACUACAAAGAUGCUUACUGCGCUGACGGCAAGACCAUUGAUCCUAAAGGCUGCUAUGUCAGCAAAGGAGAAAAGAGAGUCAUUUCCUGGACAGUUUGGGUUGAUGACAAUUUCAAGGAGACAAAUUACGUGGCGAAUGCAACCCUUCGUAACGAGGACGGUAACAUGUUGUUCUGUGUUCGCGCCAAGGGAAGGUUGUAAGAUGUUACAAGCUUCAUGACGCCAUGACGUCGUAAUGUUCAGCUUCAGCGUUUCAUCAACAUUUAUUUCCAAUUCCAACAGGCAAUAAGAAAUAUAGAAACAUAAAUAUAAAGAAGAAUUGGUAUCAGAGGCACAACCAAAGAAGCAAAGUCUUUAAAUAAUUAACUACAAAUAUUUUUUUUAACAUACAACAGCUUCGCUGUAGCAUUCAUUUUUAAGUACUUUGUUUUAAAUUAAUUUACUCAUUGUUGAUUGUCUUAAAACAUUUCAUAUUUCCUGAAAUAUCGAAAUCUCUACUUUCAAUCUAGGCCUUUAUUGAAAUUGGAAUUAAACUGUAUAUAUAUAUAUAAUCAGGAUAAAAAACAUGAUAUUUCGAUAGCUUCGCUUUUACUCUAAAUUUGUCGGUAUGACAAGGAAAUGUCAUUAUUUCAAAAAAAAACAAAUUGUACUCAGAAUAAAGUGAUCAUGUUGAUUAUCAUUAGCGCGCGAUGGAAUAGACGAAAAAAUCCACAUGAUUAUUAGAAAACUUUGUUUUCUAUUUUCUUUACAAGACUCUCUUGAAAUUAUUGCGAUAUUUAUUUUGCAAAGCACAUGCAAAAGUACAAAUUAAUGCCAAACAUACCAUUUCAUGACUAAAAUACAAUGAAUUGUAAGACGGAGAAAACCGUGAGUAUGUUUAAGGGCCCAUUGAACGAUUCUUUUCUUAGAAUACAUUAAUUUGAAUAAAAGAAAAUUUACGACACAGCAAAACAUCACAAAUUCAAGCAACUUUUGGUGCUAAAGUAGCUGUAACAUUGAGGUUUCUGCCUGAAAUGACAUCACACUUUGCUCAUAAAUACGGAAAUUUUCAUGAGCAUCAAAACCAAGGAGGCACCAAAAUAGUAUUAAAAAUGGCAAAACGAUAAUUGGAAAUAAGGUUAAAUGGCACACAAAGGUGCAUUUUUAAGCAUUGUAUUUAACAAAAAUAAUUGGAUGGGCAUUUUGAGAAUCUUUGAGCAUAUUAAAUAAUUAUCAUUGUUUGCUAUAACAACCCUUUAAAAGAAAGCGCUCUCAUUUCGGGUAUAAUUUGUAUAUAAGAAACAUUUGAAUAAAAUCUUCUCAUCUUUUGAAAAAAGUCA